AUGUCGAACAUCAUCAUUGACAUCGCGUUCACCUACGCCACUGGCGGUCAUCUGUCCUCGCUGCCGCCCGACGCGUCCUCCACCCAGUGGCCCGCCACAGAUCCCAUGAACCCUGCACUGACGGACGAUGAUCGCCACGCGAUGUACGACACGAACAUCACCCCGACGCGCCUAAAUGAGCUGUUCGAUAAGUUGGAUGAACUGUCCGGGAAAACGAGCAAAAUAACCAACCUGCUCCCAGACGAACCCGUCCUACAUCAUCCUAAACCGCGCCAGGCGCGACCAGGCUGGCUUCUCAACUUCGAUGAGCGCGACUGGCUACCCACCCCAACGUCGCCGCUUACCCCCGACUGGCGGGAGGUACCCAACGCAGCGCCACACUUCAACUGCGCGCUCGCAGGGUACGAAGGAGAGCUCGACUACGCUGAAUCGCAGCGUAUGAUGGGGGAGAUUACACACUUGCCGACGGCAUACGCGACAUGGCCACCGGUGAUGAAGUUCGAUCCCUUCGCGGACUGGGAGGAGGACGACGCGUGGAGCUCAUCGUCGAGCGAGGGCCACAGCUCGCCCGCAUCGUCUACGGAGGACUUGCUAAGUCUCAUCACACCGGCGGGCAGCAACGCCUCCAUCACCGCUCCCAAGAAAUCCGGAUGCGAUCGCUCGUCCUCGUUCGUGUCGAGCUCCUCUGACGUCAAUGCCCCUACGUCGUUCGCGCAGAGUCAACCGCCCUCGCCCGACGCGCUCUCUGAUAUGACCCACGAGCUCGCUGCGGAGGCCGUUAUGAAGACCAGAGGCGAAGUCUGGCGCAAGCGUACCCCACCCCCGCCUCCACCCGAGCGGGAAGUGAUCAAGUCUCGCAUCCCCCCUCUUCCAGUCAGAGGGCCCAGAGACCUUCUUCGCCUCCUGGUCUGCGGCGUCUAG